AUGGAAAAUCUUGAGGAUAGUUUUGAAAGUGAUCCAAGUAUUUUAGAAUCAGUAUACUAUUUUUAUAGAUUAUCCACCUUCUUCAACACUAAAUAAAACAUUAGAAGAAAAAACAAUUCAAUUUUUAAAGACAUAAAAAGAAAGCCAACAUACAAUACCUUCAGAAUCCUACAAAUCUGAAGAAUUGUAAAUGGAUGAUGACUCCAAAUUUUUUGGAUAAACAAAAGAUGGUUAAGCUAAUGGAAAUGGAAAAUUAUGGUUAAAAAAUGGAGAUUAUUAUGAAGGUGAUUUCUUCAAUAAUUAUAUGCAUGGUAAAGGAAUCUAUAACUAUAAAAAUGGACCUAUUUUUGAAGGUCAAUUUUUAUAUAACAAACCAGAUGGAUACGGUGUUGAAUCUUGGCCAGAUGGUUCUUUAUACGAAGGAUACUUUAAAGAAGGCAAAAAAUGUGGAAAAGGAUGUUACAAGUGGUAUUAAGGUUGUGUUUAUGUUGGUGAAUGGAAAAAUAAUAAAAUUCAUGGCAAUGGAAGAUACGAUUGGCCUGAUGGAAGGGUAUGUUGAUAGAUAAUAAUUCCAGUCUUACUCCGGUAGUUGGGUCAAUAAUUAAAUGCACGGGAGAGGAAAGUACAUUUGGUCAGAUGGCAAAUGCUAUGAUGGUGAAUAUUAGAAUGAUCGAAAAUAAGGAUUUGGAAUAUUUUAUUGGCCAGAUUGCAAGCAAUACCAAGGUUAAUGGAAAGAUGGAAAACAACAUGGAAAAGGAAUAAUGUUGUAUCCUGAUGGAAAAAAAAGAGUAGGACAAUGGGAAUAUGGGAAAUUAAUUAAAUACUCUGAAGACGAUAAUAUUCAAAUAAUCCCAGAUAAUUGGUUACAAUAAUGA